CAGCAGCCGGGUCGAGUCGCUCCGGAGGCGAGACCCCAUCGCGGGGCACCGGCGCAGUAGGUGGAUACAUUUCAUCAGCUCAUGAAUGGGAGCUUAAGAGACUUUAUACAAAAUAUAUAUGAAAAUGGAAACUUCAUCUUUGCUAUCCUCCUUACAUGAUGAAUGCAGAUCAGACAACUAUAUUGAACCACAUUACAAGGAAUGGUACCGAAUAGCUAUCGAUGCUCUGAUUGAAGGAGGUUUAGAAGCCUACAAAGAAUUUCUUUCCAAAGAGAGAUGCUCAGAGUUCCUAGCGGAUGAGGAAAUUGAUUAUAUUUUGAACAAUGUUCACAAACUUCCCCAAAACACAAUUUAUUCCUCUAACCAUGCCAUUGAUGACACCUCUUCCUCGGGAACUUACUGGCCCAUUGAAUCAGAUGUGGAAGCUCCAAAUCUUGACUUAGGUUGGCCCUACCUGAUGCCUGGAAUUUCUGGUGGCACAAAUAUUGAUCUGCUUUUUCAUCCACCACGAGCACAGCCUUACACUAUAAAGGAAACUAUUCGGAAGAUGAUACGAGAUGCAAGAAAGGUCAUUGCCAUUGUUAUGGAUAUGUUUACAGACGUGGAUAUUUUUAGAGAAAUCGUGGAGGCAUCUGCUAGAGGGAUAGCAGUGUAUCUUCUGCUUGAUGAGUCAAACUUCAGUCACUUUCUGAAGAUGACAGAGAAACAAGGCUGUCAAGUUCAGAGGCUCAGGAACAUGAGGGUGCGGACAGUGAAAGGACAAGAUUAUUAUUCUAAAACAGGAGCAAAAUUCCAUGGAAAAAUGGAACAAAAAUUUAUUCUUGUUGACUGUAAGAAAGUUGUAUAUGGUUCCUACAGCUUUAUGUGGUCAUUUGAAAAAACCAACCUCAGUAUGGUUCAAGUUAUCACAGGACAGCUUGUGGAAUCUUUUGAUGAAGAGUUCAGGACACUGUAUGCCCGUUCUUCUGUUCCUAGCUCAUUUGCUCCAGAACUAGUGCGGGUAAACAGUCGCAGGACACUCUGGGAUAAUGAUACAUACCAGCACUCAGUGUCUUCUUUGGCUUCAGUUUCUAGCCAAAGAAACCUUUUUGGUCGGCAAGACAAGGUUCACAAGAUAGAUCCUGUUUGUUGGAAAACUCGUGGAAGAUAUGCAGUAAAUGAAAUAGAUAAAUAUGGCUUGAGAAAUCAAGCCUAUAAUAAGCAACCAUUUCAUCCAGGUUUUAAUGUGCAAAAUCCAAUCCAGCAGUAUCAACCUAGUGAAAAAAAUGAGCACUGGAAGAGACAUAGUUAUGCUGGGGAAAAGCCAGAAAGGACACCUUACCUGUUGCUCAACAGAGCUAUUAACAGAGCCAACAAUCCAUCAAAUACUUGGAAAAUGCCAUCUGAUAGCCUUAGUAUUGUUUCCUCAUUACGAGGAGGAUAUGCAAAUAACUACAAUAUUCCGCAGCAAAGUUUUGCUGAUCAGUUUUCACGACCGAAAGUAAAUCUUGCAGAAAGAAAUUCAAUUGUGCGGAGGUCUUUUAACGGGACAGAUAAUCAUAUCCGCCAUCUGCAGCAAAGGAUGCCAACUCUUGAACACACAACAAAGUCAUUCCUACGUAACUGGCGAAUAAAGUCAUAUUUGAAUGAUCAAACAGAUUAUCCGGUAGAGUCUAAUGGGUCAGCUGUGGGUGACAGAUAUGAUAGCUAUGACACAGCUGAAAAUAUGAAAGCUCAUGCACUGUAUUCUCAUUCUCGCUUGCGAUCGUCGUUGGUGUUUCAGCCAACUUUACCUGAACAGCAGGAAGUAAGCAGCUGUGCAAGUUCUUCAAAUUCAACUAUAAUUGGGUCAGAGGGAAGUGCAACACCUAAAGGGACAUCUAAUCAUGCUCCAAGUGUGGAAAAUGGAACAGAUAAUAUUUCAGAAGACCUUAGCACAAACUUCCCUCUUAAAUCAGAUGCACCAAAAAACCACAGAAUUCAUAUUGCAGACAGCACAAAACCUCCCAUAAAUUCAAAUGCAACUGGUGACACAUCACUUUAUUUGUACACAACACUGUGUACAGACAAACAUUCAGAAAAUCUGAAGAACCUUCAGAAUGAAAAUGUGCUCAAAAGGAGAAGUUUUCCCAUGUUUAAUUCAAAGUCCAUAUUGGACCCUGGUGCCAACAAGCAUGCAUCCAAUUAUGUUUACAGCACAUUGACUAGGCAUAGACUUAAGCAACCAGUUGGUCCAAAACUUCCAGAAGACAUGCUGAAGAGUGCUAAAAGUUUGCACAGUGUGACCAAUCACUUGCCACAGGAGGAAAAGAACCUGAAAGGAGAGCUAAAGAGCCCAACUGCUAGCAAGGCAAUCUCUAUGGCGGUUCUCACUGAAGUGAGCAAGGAGGAGUCUAGUAAGGAUUGCACAUCAAAGAAAGAAAGUAAGAGUUCCCCAAGUUUUCUAAAGAAAGGAUCCCAGAAAUUGCGGUCAUUUCUUAAUCUCACACCAGACAAGAAGGAGAACUUGUCAAAAAACAAAGGUCCUGCCUUCUACAGGAUGUGUAGUAGUUCUGACACAUUGGUUUCUGAAGAUGAGAAUCAAAAACCAAAGAUUUCUGAAAAUAAGACAGAUUCUUCCCCAAGGAGAAAAAGAAACACAUCAACAAAUUCUCAAGGGAGCUUGAACAGAAGUAAAGAAGAUGUCACUGGUAGCCCAACAAAGUCUCCAAAGUCUCCAAAGUCUCCAAAGUCACCAAAAUCUCAAAAACCUCCAUCUGAUGAAAGCAAUAAAAUGUGUCCUCUCUUGUGCCCCCUGGAAAGUAAGUUCAUCGAAACUGCAGGAGAUGCAUCUACCCCAAGAUUUAACACAGAACAGAUUCAGUAUCAAGAUAUGAAGGAAAUCUCCACAAAUACUGCUUCUGAAAGUGCUCCUGUUUCUGCACUUCAAAGAGCAAGUUCGGAGCUGAGAUCUCGUUUGAGUGAAAGGCGUGUUUAUAGUCGCUUUGAGCCAUUUUGUAAGAUAGAAAAUGCUAGCCAACCUGCAGGAAAUGCAGCCAACAGCAGUUCACAUCUAUCAGAUAUCAAAAGCAAGACCUUAGGGAAUAAUUAUGGCAGGAGUAAUCACAUGGCCAGCUACAACUCAACUGCUUACCAUCCGUUGCAGCCUAAUGAAAAUAAGCUGAGAGGAUUUAUGCAAAAGUUUGGGAAUUUCCUACACAAAAGCAAGUAA